AUGUCUCAGAAACGUUGUGUGAGCGAUCAACAGCCUGCACUAGGCCAAUAUGCCUCAACUGGAGCUUGCAGUGCUUUCGGCAAACUAGCUCACCCCGAUGAAGAUUGGACAAAGCUUUCGGACCUGGCUGCCCGUUGGAGAGUCCAGAAUCGAAUCGCUCAAAGAAAUUAUCGUAACAAAAUGAAACAUAAAAAGAAGAGCCUCGAUGGCAGUGGCACCUCGUAUUCAGCAGAAAGCGCUCGAAAUAAUUUCUCUUGCGACAGUAAAGACAAGGUUGAUCUGCCUUUGACACAGGAGAUCAAUGAUAGGGCCACUUUUCAUCAUAUUACUAUGCAAUCGCAGGUACUUACGUAUCAAGCAUGCACUGCGCGAUCAUCAAAUGGGAUGUCCUUAGUUCCGCCCCUUGCUCCAGUGGUAACAAAUGCUUAUUCCAUUUGUAAGACCGAUCAUGUGUCAAAUAUCCAGCAAGGCUGAUGAAGAGGCUGCAAUUCUGCAGCGCAAACAUUUUUUACACAUUAAGUCGUUAAGAAAGAAAAUUACAGGCUAUUCAGGAGGAAAUCUCCUCCUACCCACUUCUUACGCUUCUUACUACCCUUGGUCUCGAUCAUAUUUUGGAAUCAGCAUACAAAUACGACACUGCGUAUGCUCCUGGGAACUAUUACAACAGCGAUACUCCCCACAGAGUUUGGUUAACUUGUGAUAUCUCUCACAAAGACGUUUAGCGGCUGCGUUGAUUGCCAUCUAUGCUUCGAUCAAUGAUCACACCUUCAUAUGAUCACCGAUAUUGUUACUAGUAGUAGCUAAAAUCUCACUUAACAUAUCCUGGGCUUUAUUCGCAGCGUCAGUCGCCAUGCCGUAUCCAGCCUGAAAUCCCGUACCAUCUGCCCCAUAGUUGUGGAUGAGAACACG